AUGUUCGAGUCUCUUUCGACUGCUGAGGUCGUUCAAUAUCGUCCUUAUAAUCCUAAAGACGCUUCAUCAUCCGAAGGAUACUCUCUCCAACUCCAUACGUCUCUCCCGGGUGUGGCUCAGCCGGACGUUGCCGCCAGCGACUCCCCAGUCUCCCCAUUACCCUCUGCAGGACACACGAAUGGGAAAAAACGCAAAGGAGACGCGUUAGGCUCGUCAAAUUCUACCAAACGGUCGCGUCAAUCAAUCGGUCAAGCGGGCGAGCCGCGAAAAGCGGCUGCGUUGGAACGUAUGGAGCGCCCUUCGCCUCCGCCACGAUCUUCCUCGUCUCAGAGAACGAAUAAUGCACGCAUUGUGGAUCGAUGGCAGCCCAUUGAGCGUCCAUGUGCUUCGACGCGCGCUGUUGACUUGACCAACUUGGUGUCGAGCUACGAAAUUGUCAGGAGUAGCCUUGCAAACUUUCGAGCGUAUUUUCUCAAUAAGCGAGAUCCGUAUGACCAAAGCUUUCUCCCAGAGUACAUGCCAUUCGUCGAGUUGGAAUACCCUAUGACGGGUAUCACUGAGCGAUUUCCACUGUUGUCACCGAAGAACCACAACUCAUGGCAUCCUAUUCGGGAGCUGAUGGAAGCAGUUUAUACUAUUGUCAAGUAUUACCUUCCUGGCGAGCACGCCAGACUCCUCGGGAACCCAGAACACAGCUCAUCUUUCCGACUGAGAGAGAUAUUCGGCACUAGUAAUAAGCCCAUAGUUCCAGAAGAACCACCAAGCUUUGACUCCACGGGAAGACCGUUGAAGCGGACCCCUCCACACGCCGGAAACUUGCUUCGCCGUAUGGAGCGAGCGUACGAGAACAAGGAUGGCAUCGAGUUUAUCAGUUCAAUCAAAGAUAUCAAUCAUAGGCUCCGGACGCUCAAGCAACACGCAGAUGGCAAUCUCUUGCUACGACAGCCCGAGGGCUGGAAGGGUGUCCCACCAGAGCUAGCCGUACAAAUUUACGAAGAGACGUACAUGAGGUCAGCUGGGCCUCGUGUUAAGGAUUUACUCAAGUAUCAAGCCUUCUCCUCUACCACUUACGGCGAGUUAAACCCAGGUCUAAUAUCGGAGAUGGCGCAUAGAGCUGGCCUGAAGCCUGGUGUCAACUUUUUGGAUCUCGGAAGUGGGAUAGGGAACGUUGUCAUCCAGACUGCCCUCAUGUCUGGCUGUUCCAGUGCCGGUGUAGAGAAGCUCAACAUGACAGCGGAUAUUGCUGAUGAAGUACACCGCGUCUUCUUGCAACGAUGUCGCAUGUGGGGUGUCGAGUCGGGUCCCACCGAUAUAUUCCAAGGCGACUUUAUGGUUCACAGCGAAAAGUUGUCAAACAUCAUCAAGAAUGCGGACGUGAUCUUAGCCAACAAUUUCGUCUUUGACCCUGCUUUGAAUGAAGGAUUGAAGGCCCUGUUUUUGGAUCUGAAGGAUGGGGCCAAAAUUAUUUCUCUCCGCAGUUUUUGUGAUGGUCAAGUGACGGCAAGAAACAUUGGUGCCAUAGAAUCUAUUCUAGAUGUGGAGAGCUUCGAGUGGCAUUCUGGGGAUGUUUCUUGGGGGGAUGCGGCAGGGCGAUAUUUUAUUUCUACUGUUAACCGCAUGUUCUAUGGCCACCCUGAACAUCAGCCCAAUGCUGCGAAUCUACUUUGGGAGCUUAUCGAACAAGACGAAAGAGCUUUGCAAGAAGUGAAGGAGGAGGAAGAAAGACUCGAAAAUGAGCGAGAGGGAAUUUUGGCCCACCUAGGUGUGCUUGCCAACGAUACCCAGGUGUUGGGACAGCUCGCAGAAGUCGCUUUGCCGAACAUCAAAAACAUUAUCGAUGCGCUUAAACCCGAAAUCUCGGCAUUGGAAACGAAACGCGAGGAUGGUCACUUUUCCAACUAUGGAGGAUGGCUAGAAAAGUAUAAAAAUUACAUCAAAGUUACUGUAGGGUUUAUGGAAGAGAUUCAGCACCACAAAACUCGACAAUUGGUGCGAGAGUACGUCGAACCGGAAUCCAUGGCCCGACUCAAGCUUGAUCAUAUUGAUGGUCUGUUAAAAGAGACCGCCGAUCGUAUUCAGGCUACCUCUAUCCGUCUUCAAACAAAACGCCUGAAACUAUCCAAGACCCCCUUCUCAAGGCUUACGGACGAGAAUUGGAGACUCAUUUUCGGCUUUGCAUCAAUAUCCUUCCACCCUCAUCAUGCCGGUGAACAAGUGUGCGAUCGUUCAAUUAGUACGUCCAUUCAUGCGCUCACUCGCGUCUGUCAUCGGUGGUAUAAAGUCAUCUAUCAAUCUUCGAAGCUUUGGAGGAGAGUGUAUCUCAACUACGAGGGGCUCAAGAAUGACUCGUCCAGGAAGCUUCUCAAUCUGAUACUAAGCAAGGCAGGUGAUACACUCGAUCUUCUGUGUAUUCAUCCCUCUACACGUCACUGGCGUGUGGAUGAUAGGUGGGCUGAUUCUCAUUUGCAUCAGCUUCAACAGCUCAACACAAUCCACCAUCUUGAGGUUUCAUACAACUCCUCGGCCACAGCAGAGUAUGUUGGGCAUAUGCUGGAUGCCUUGCCAACACCAUAUGAACUUGCUAUUAGAAGCUUGCUCAUGACUAAUACUCGCCUCCUAUAUCACCCAAGAAGCCUCGACACGCUCGAAGUUGUAGAGGCCACCAACGUCGAGCUGGUGCUUGAGACUGGUCGAAACUUGCCAAACCUUAAGCUUCUCAAGUUACAGGCUAACACCUCCAUCACCCCUUGUACCGAAUUUUACGAUACAUACUCCAAAACAAGCACUAUAGAUCUCGCGGGGGGAAGUUUUCACCUUCCUCGUCGGGUUCCCCGCUUACAGCCCUGGGACGCACACAGUAUUCGCGGAACGCUGAAUAGCAUCCUCAGUGUCUUUAGUCCCCGAGUUGUAUUUACGCAACUCAGUGAGAUUACAUUACGCUUUCCUCCGGAGCCCGCCAAUAUGCCCGACUUGGCUACAUGGUGCAGUUUUCUCAGUUCUAGCAAGGCAUCCACUGUCACGAGCUUGACUCUGUAUCCAAUGGAGAACGCUAAGAUACUCAGUCACUACGUCACCGCCCUCCAUAAUCUCGCUCGGCUUCGUGUUCACGGCUCAAGUGUGGAUCCUCUCCUGAAGGAGUUGACAUGGCAGGUUGAGGAUGAGAGGAGCAAAGUAUUGACCUUUCUUUCUGUACUGGAAAUCCACGAUUAUGACGGGAGAGGCUCUCCAGUUGUCGAAUUCUACCAGUCCAAGCUCGCCUCGUCAUACCGCACACUCCGGACGGUCAGAUUCGCGAACUGUCCCAACAUUCCACAGGAGAUCCGUCAAAUAUUUAUUGACAACUAG